CCCAGACGCAGCGCAUCAUCCAAGACGACACAGUCCAAGACGUUCAGGAACGACAGGCGCCCGGAAACGGAGAUACACCGCCGGCCCCUCAUCUUUCGCUCCGCAACGACUCAGCCUCGGCAUCAGCCCUCGAGCCCCCUUCGACCUCUGCCAUGUUUGGAUCUGUCCGCCUUGCUCAAACUUCGCGAUCUGCCCUGAAGCGGGGCCAGAACCUCGUCGCUGUUCGCCACUACUCGACACCCGAUGUCACGCAGGCCGUCCGCUCUCGACGUGCCUACGAGGCGAACCAGCCCUCGACCUACCAGCACUUUCCCCAGCCCAUCCUUGACCGAGCGGCCCAGGAAAUGAUGAUGACCGAGAUCUUCCGAACCAUGUGGCUUGUGAUGGAGCAGAUGUUCAAGCCCCCCUACACGAUCAUGUACCCGAACGAAAAGGGCCCCCUGUCCCCCCGAUUCCGCGGCGAGCACGCUCUCAGAAGAUAUCCCACCGGUGAGGAGAGAUGUAUUUCGUGCAAGCUCUGUGAGGCCAUUUGCCCCGCUCAGGCCAUCACCAUCGAAUCCGAGCCUCGUGAAGACGGCAGCCGUCGCACCACCCGCUACGAUAUCGACAUGACCAAGUGUAUCUACUGCGGCUUCUGCCAAGAGGCCUGCCCUGUCGAUGCCAUUGUCGAAGGCCCCAACUUUGAGUACGCCACGGAAACCCACGAAGAGCUGCUCUACAACAAGGAGAAGCUUCUCGCAAACGGCGAUAAGUGGGAGCCCGAGAUUGCUCGCAACCUGCGCGCCGAUCACCUGUACCGAUAAAGCAAGCACCAGCUGGCAAUCGUAUGCGCUCGAGCCCAGCGAUCGACGAUUCACAUCAAAGGGAAAUACCUCUAAUUCCGACGUGCCGGCGAACAAUCCUCUGCGCCCGUUUCUCAUCAGCAAUAAACGAGAGUGACUCGAAUCUCUGGGUAUGCAUGCGUCGACGCGCCGUUCCAGGACUCCCUC